CCGCUCCGCAGCGCAGCGCAUGGAGCCCGGCGGGGACCACCGGAGCCGGAGCGGCAGCGGCAGGGGCGGCCCCGGGCCAGCAGCGGCCUCGGCACGGGGCCGACGGCUGCCGCCCGCUGGAUCGAGCGGCGGCACGGAGCCGGAGGACGACGACGGCGGGCAAGAUCUUCAGCUGGAAGGGGAUGCCUUGGGGUCCUGGGGGAGUGCCCCCCUGUCCUCCUCCAGGGCCAGGGGACCAGCAUCUUCAGGCAGGAAAUACUCAGACCACUGUGAGGCCCGGGCCUCGAGGCCUGGAAAGAGCCGCAUCCCUGGCCGGGACCACCGGCGCUACUACCACGACCACUGGCGGCUGGAGUACCUAAUGGACUUCAACCCGGCCCGGCAUGGCAUGGUGUGCAUGGUGUGCGGCAGUUCCCUGGCCACUCUCAAGCUCAGCACCAUCAAGCGGCAUAUCCGCCAAAAGCACCCCUACUCCCUGCAUUGGAGUCCACGGGAGAAGGAAGUCAUCAGCAACAGCUGGGAUGCCCACCUGGGGCUGGGGGCCUGUGGAGAGGCAGAGGGCCUGGGGGCCCAGGGGGCUGAGGAGGAGGAGGAGGAAGACGAAGAGGAAGAGGAGGAGGGGGCUAGCCUCCAAGCCUGCCCGCCUAAAGGCCCAGGCAAAGCCCCAGCUGGUGGGGGCAGCCGGCGCCAGCCGCGAGGGGGCCCAGUGGCACCCCGGGCUCGUCGUAAACGCCUCUCCUCCUCCCGGAGGGCCGGGGGCAGCAGGGGGCUGGGGGCCCGGCGCCUGGAGCGGAGGCUGAAGGAGUCCUUGCAGAACUGGUUCCGGGCAGAGUGUCUCAUGGACUAUGACCCUCGGGGGAACCGGCUGGUGUGCAUGGCCUGUGGCCGGGCACUGCCCAGCCUGCACCUGGACGACAUCCGUGCCCACGUGCUGGAGGUGCACCCCAGCUCCCUGGGGCUCAGCGGCCCCCAGCGCAGCGCCCUGCUACAGGCCUGGGGUGACCAGCCUGAGGCACAGUCUGAGCUCACCCAGUCCCCACCAGACGAUGACCUCGUCCCCCAGGACCUGACCAGAAAAAGCCGGGACUCGGCCUCCGCUGCUGGAGCCCCCUCCUCUCAGGAUCUCAGCCCCCCAGACGUAAAAAAGGAAGAGGCUGGCUGGGUCCCUGAGAGGCCCGGGCCCGCAGAGGAGGAGCUGGAGGAGGGCGAGAGGGUGGGGGACCGGGGCCCGGCGCCGCGCGGCCGCGACCACCGCCGCCACUACCAGGAGCGCUGGCGGCUGGAGUACCUCAUGGAGCUGGACGGCGGCCGGCGCGGCCUGGUGUGCAUGGUGUGCGGGGGCGCGCUGGCCUCGCUCAAGAUGAGCACCAUCAAGCGGCACAUCCGCCAGCGCCACCCGGGCUCCACGCACCUCAGCGGGCCGGUCAAGGCCCUCAUCGCCCAGGAGUGGAGCGAGAAGGCCGCCCACCUGCUGGCCCUGGGGCUGCCCUGCCCCGAGUCCCCCAGGGACCCCACCGCCCCCAGCACAGCCUCAGCCUCCGAGGAGGGGGGAGGGGAAGAGGAGGAGGAGCCAGAGGAGUGGUGGGGUGAGCCGGUGGAAUCCGGAGCAGGCGAGGUCCCGCUUUCCCCUGGGGAACGGUCUGAGCGGCCGGCCGAGGAAGAGGAAGACGACGAGGACGGCCAAGAGCCCGGGGGGCUCGCAUUCCCGCCACUGCCCCCGCCUCCGCCUCCGCCGCCCCCGCCGCCGCCGCCCCGCAGCCGUGAGCAGCGGCGGAACUACCAGCCGCGCUGGCGGGGCGAGUACCUGAUGGACUACGACGGCAGCCGGCGCGGCCUGGUGUGCAUGGUGUGCGGGGGCGCGCUGGCCACGCUCAAGGUCAGCACCAUCAAGCGGCACAUCCUCCAGGUGCACCCCUUCUCCAUGGACUUCACGCCGGAGGAGCGCCAGACCAUCCUGGAGGCCUAUGAAGAGGCGGCGCUGCGCUGCUACGGCCACGAGGGCUUCGGGCCGCCCGCCCCGGCGCCGCGCGACGGCGGCGCGGACCUCAAGGCGGGCGCCGUGUGCCGGGCGUAGGGGACGCGCGGGGCGGUCCCGCCCUGUGCCCCGCCAGUCCUCAGGCUGGGAGACUGUUCCCGCGAGCCCGGCCGCGGCCGCUGCCCCCCGCUGGCCGGGCCGGGCGGAGACUGGGGACUGGGUGGGGUCGCCAGCUUCCGCUCGGUGCCACAGGGCCCCUGGAGCGAGUCGGCGAGCUGCAGGAAGCGCCCUCUCCCUUCGGACCCGGGGCCCCGGCCUCUCUGUACAGGGCCGCACGUUUCCGGAGAAGCCACCGCGGCCUCCGAGCUUUUGCAAGGAGGGCUGGAAGCCUGCGUCCGGCCGCCUCCCGCGGGGCGAUCCUACGCCAGGCCGGGACGCGGGCGCCGACAGUCAGUAUUAGGGCCCUGCGGGGGCGAGGCGGGCUGGCCGCGGCGGCUCCUUUCCCCGGCCUGGGGCCCAGCUUUUUGUGGCGUUGCACGCCUGCAGGCAUAGCUCCAGGUCGGGGGCGACUGCUGCCCGGGCCUUCGUAUUUUCCGCGGCUCGGAGGCCGGGACUGCGGGCGGGGGCGGGGAAGGCGUGCGAGACCGCCGGCGGGCGGCCAGGGUCGGGGCGGGGUUGGGGCGGAGCUGGGCCGGGACCCGCCUGCCCGCCCCUGCCACGCCUGCCGGCCCGGGAUCUUGUAAAGGGAUCAGCACUUUUUUUUUUCUUUUUUUUUUUUUGCUCCUCUCUCCUUCUCCGGGGACCUCCAUUUACCCGUAAGCUCGUCUGGGGCUCCUGCUUCAGCGCCCCCUGGGUCUGAGCCCGGGGCACUGGAGGUCCCGGCAGCUGGCGUUAUAUUCUCGUCUCACACUCCCGUAUCCCCCAAUCCCGUCCCCUUUGUACGCGGUGGACGCGCCAGCCAUUCUCCCCUUUCUCAGCUCCCAGGGCCUGGGGCCGGGCCUCAGCCUUCCUUUCCUAACCCGCGGCGGCGCCGGGCCCUGUGGGGCCGGGAAGGGGCCCCGCGAUCUCCCAGGCAGGUCCGAGAGGGAUGUGUAGAUUCAUUCUCCUGUGGAGAACAGGUGGCCCCGAGAUCAGGCCCUUUUUGCUCUUUGUAUUUUAUUUUGAAACUGUAUUUAAUGCUUUUAUAUGAAAGGGAGGGGCGGGGAGAGAGCUGUCCCAGUCACCCUUAUGUGCAAAUGUCUUAUUUAUUAUGCGUGUAUCAGAGAUAAGCUGUGAGGUGGUGGAGGAGGGACCUAAGACAAGGAGGAGCGAGAAGAGGCGGGAUGGAAGGACCCCAAACACCCCACACUAACGCGUGGCUCUCCAGGCCCGUCCUCUGGGCCCCAGCGUCUGCUUUACACAGGCCAGGCCCGGUCCUUCUUCUUAGAACCUGAGGUGGGUGGGGUCACCCGGUGGGACUUGAGGGCUGGGGCUGGAGGGGGUUGGGCUCUGGCACCUGGGCCCAGGGGCGCUUUGAGUGCGUGGGAAAGCAGCGAGUAAAGAAGCCCUUUCUUCAAUCCCAGCGUCCUCCCCCGCCUCCCAGGCCAGAGCCCAAGGUUCAAGUGCCUCAGGCCCAGUCCCAACGACUCUUCCUGAUUGGGAAUUGGAUUUUAUACCAGAUUUUUAUAGCAUUUUUAUAUAAUUCAAGAUGGUCAGAGUUGGAAAGACCUUGGAGAUCAACUAGUACCCGCCUCCCAACCCCUUUCACAGUUCCAUAAAAGUGAAGCCCAGAAACGGAAAUCACACAGCCAGGUAGAAAUAGUGUAAGAACUAGAAUAGAAAUCUCAACUCCCAAUUCAGUGUUUGCACUACACCAAUACUGCCUCCCAAUCUAUGGUGAGUUACUCAAAUAACUCUCCAUUAGGCCUGCCAAAGAACGGCACUUGCCAGGGGCUGCAGGCCACUGCCGUGCUGUAGUGGCCUCCUGGGGAUGGCCAAGAACUGCACGUGGGAUGAGUAUUGUCAGGGCAGCUCUCGCCAACACGGGCUUCCGCGGGACAGUGCAGACAAGUCUCCUCCCUCAGAUCCAGGAGGGGCUGUGUGCUGCCUGCCCUGAGGCCUCCCUCGUAGGACGGGGGCUCUGACGGGUUCCUUAUCCAUGCUGCCAGGGAUUCAGGAAAUACUGCCGUUGUCAGUUGACUGAAAAGUGAAUUUCCAGUGUGCUUGACCCUCCAGGGUCUUUGAGACAGUAUUAGAAGUUUGACAACACGGAUUACAGGGCUACCUGGCUGGGCACUGCCAUUCUUUUAUUUCCCUUCAUGUACAUUUUCAGAUCCAGAAUGAGUAUUCCACCACUCCUGCUACUCUGCCUGUUCAAAAACAGUAGGCAAAUCCGGGCAACCUAUUACGGUCACCCAAGCCCACUGCCGAAGUUCAGGUAAGCUAGGGCAGAGAGCAGGUCAGGAAUGGUUUUUCCUCUCAAUAGGGAGGACAGGAGUGGAUGUCUGCAUGGAGAGGCAGCCACAAGCACUUCAGUGGUUUUCAAAGUGUGGCCACUAGACCAGCAACAUCACAUUAGGAACUUAUUACAAAUGCAAAUCUUUAGGGCCCUCACCUCACUGAAUCAGAAUGGGUGGGGCUCAGCAAUCAUUUUGACAAGGCUCCUAUCAUCUUGCACAGGCGGUCUAAGUACCAGUGACCUAGGAAGUGCCACUGUAGUGAUUCCUGCUUCAUGGUUGUGCCCUCAUGAGGUUGGGCGUUAGGGACUAGGUGGUCCCCAUCUCUAGGUGUGCCUCCUCCUCGCCUUGUGAGUCAAAUGCAAACAGAUGAAGUUUCUUCAUGAAUUUUUUAAUGGUAUGCUUGCUAUUAUGGCCAAUAUGUAAAUGUUACUCUGAAUACGUAUUUAUGUACCAUGUUAGUGACAUUAUUCAAACAUUUGUAUGUGUAUUUGUGAAGUUGUUUGCAUCCAUUUUUUUAAUUACUAAGUUUUCUAAGAGGUUAUGUUGAAAAAAAAUUUUAAUCCAGCUUGAGGGUCAUAGGCAGCCUUAGUUUUGGGGAAGAGCAAAUCUGAGGGGACAAAUUCUUUCAGCAAAGACCUGAUGGAUUUACUUUCCAUUUUCUAUGGUGACUGGCAAUUUAAGUGCAUUGUGGCUGUGUUUGAUUUGUAGGCUGCUUCGUGUCGCAGGCAGGGAACCUUCCUAGGUUGGUGUGAGGCUGAACUGGGCUAACAGACCCCUCUGGCCCCUUCCUAGCUUUAUAAUCUUUCUCCUAAGGUCACCUCUUAGAGGGCCUCGUAUUUUCUUUCAGAAACCAAAUGCACAGCUUUGCUCUGUAACAAAUUCUGCAACCUUGGGACUCAUUACCAGUAUCAACUAUCAGUUGCUUUUCAAAGCCUCAGAAGUGGAGUGGGGAUGGGGGCCAGGGGAAGCCUUGUUUGGUUUGUUCUUCACCCAAAAUGUGUAUAAAAAAUAAAGUUAGAAUGACACCACA